CAGACCUCCAGUCUGCAGCCAGAGUCAGGACAAACCGACCGUCCAAUGCUGCAAACCCAAGCGACACACGUCCCUCUCCACCACCAGCAAGCAGAUUAGUAUUCCUCCCACUCCACUCCACUCCACAGCCACGACGACGCGCAGGCGCAGGCGCAGCCCACCAACACCAACCACGCACCACGCACGGUAUCAAGUGUCGGGGAUAGCCGCCGGCCGGUGGCGUCGCAAGCAGCAGCAGCUUCCUGAGCGCAUCCGAGAGAGAGCAGCGAUGGAGACGAAGGAGGCGGCGGCGGAGCAGCUGCUGCAGAAGCAGCAGCCGGAGCCGGGGCAGGAGCAGUGGCGGGGCGCGGUGGAGGCGGCUCUGCCGUCGACCCCGGCCUCGGCGGCGUGGCCGCACAUCGCCAGCUUCUGCGCGCUGCACCGGUACCUCCCGGGCAUCGACGUGUGCGAGCUCGCGGCGGGGGAGGACGGGCGGCCCGGGUGCGUCCGCUACGUGGCCUCCCUGCAGGCGCCCGCCGCCGGGGACGGGGGCGCGGGGCGGGAGGUCGCCAGCUGGGCGCGCGAGGAGCUGCUGGAGAUCGACGGCGGCGCCCGCCGGCUCGCGUACGCCGUCGUCGGCAGCAGCAUGGGGUUCGGCCGCUACGUCGGCAGCAUGGCCGUCGUCGAGGACGAGGCGGGGGGGUGCAGGCUGGUGUGGGCGUUCGAGUGCGAGCCCGUGCAGGGGUGGAGCCUCGACGGGCUGCUCGGCUACCUCGACGGCGGGGUCAAGGCCAUCGCCGCGCGGAUCGAGGAAGCCGAAGCCGCCGCCGCCGGUGCUCCGCCAGCUGGAGGCGACGUCGACGUCGUCGCCGCCGCUUGAAGGAUCGGAGCCAUCAACAUAUAUCAAUCGUCUACCGCCGAAUUGUCGCCUAAUGAUUAUUGGCUGCUAGUAAUAGUUCUCGUCAAACUCAUUUUAUUAACGCAUUGUUAAUUAAUCACAUGCUCUGGGUCGUUGCUUGCUUGUCUCUCCUAGCUUCAAUUCCUUCUCUGCCGUGUCUGUGUCGUGUGGUGUCAGGCCGCUUGAACCUUGAAAGGGACACUUGGCUCCUGUUGUCUCCGAGAUUAUUGUGGGCCCUGCCACCCAGUGGCAGUGGCGCUAUAUAGAUAUUAUAUGUGCCUCCCGAUUUAGC